GUUUAUCUGUCUAGUGUCUGUGUCAAGAUCCUUGGUGUUGAGGCUGCCAUAAUUUUGCAGCAAUUUUUGCAGGCAGUCGUGUUACUUAUUGAAAGUUGCAGUUUGUCGCUAAUUGCAUACGUUGACUGACAUUUUUUCACCGCCUCUACGACUGGAAUCAUGCAGGAAGAUAAGGAGGAAAAGCAGGAAAUUCUCAGAACCAUUCCUGCGAAUCUAAAACAACUGCGAGCGUGCAUGGCGUGUUCAUUGAUCAAAUCCGCUGACCAGUUUGAAAAGGAUGGUUGCGAUAAUUGCGAUGAUUUUCUCCACAUGAAAGGAAACAGGGACACAGUCUACGACUGCACAAGCACCAACUUUGAUGGUAUGAUCGCUGCAAUGAGCAACGAGGACAGUUGGGUCUGCAGAUGGCAAAGAAUAAAUCACUUCGUCAAAGGAAUGUACGCAAUUUCCGUAGCCGGCAGGCUGCCUUCGGGAGUUUUGCGAGACAUGAAGAGAAGAGGCAUUCCCUACAGAAACAGAGACACACGUCAAAUGUUUAGUUCUACGUGAAGUGUGUUCAUUUUCUACUUUCUUAGCGUAUGAAAUCAUCAUUCAAAAAUGUAUGUGUAAAGACGUAAGAUAAUUGUUUAUAUUAUCUACUAAUUAUCAGAAGGGUAUUAUAUCUUGAGCAAGACAUAAAUUUUUGUUAACAAAUAAAUAAUAAAAUAAAAUAAACUAGAGUUAUAAGAAGUGCAUAAAAAUCACAAA